AUGCUUUCUGAUGAGGCGUAUGGAGAUGUCAUUUAUUCAAGAAACGUGGAAUCAGCUAGCUAUGAGAUCGUUUGGUAUCGUCAAGAACUGUUUUAUUUGCUCCCCCGUGACACGCACUUCCACAUUAAGGAAGUGCGCAUUCAUUCUCGACUACCAUUACUUUGUCAAAGAAGUAUAGUAGUAGAGGAAGAAGAUAGCACACAUCAAACUUCACGUAUAUAUUACGACAAUGAGUCCUCUCCAAGAAGGCAAUUAUCUGUAACAAAUACACCGUAUCUAGCAACAUUCACCACCGUCCACGGAGGCGCCGGAAAUGUUUAG